AUGAGUGGGCAAGCUGCUAGUUACUACAACCCUAACCAGGGUGUCGAUGCUCAGGGUCCGACGGACCAUACUAAUGGCUACUCGCAAAAUGGAAAUUAUCAACCACCAGUAGCGGAGCCCAAACCACCUCCUCCAUACCCAGACAAUGCAGCUCCGCCGCAGUCCAGUCAGACCUUCAACCAAGCUUUCAAGAUCGACCGACCGAAAUACAAUGAUAUAUGGGCAGGUCUUUUGCUAAUCGCGGUUUUCCUUGGCUAUGUUGCUGUGUCGGGCUUGACUAUCCACUCUUAUGCCACUCAUAAAGGGUUCAGCGGAGGAGGAAUCUACGACUCCGGUAAUGACUUCUCGCUAAACACCAAUACCCUUGUGCUUUUCAUAUUUGUUCUCUGUGUCGCUCUAGUCUUCUCAUGGGCAUACUUUAUGGGCGCGCGCUACUUCACCAAAACCUUCAUCUGGGCCACAGGCAUCCUGAACAUCGUCUUCGCUUUCGCAACGGGCAUUUACUAUAUUGCACGCAAGGAAUACGGAGGUGGAAUAGUAUUUUUGCUCUUUGGCGUCUUUGCAGUCAUCUGUUUCAUCAGCUGGAUCCCGCGUAUCCCAUUUACUGCCUUUAUGCUACAGACGACGAUGGAUGUCGCGCGAGGUUAUGGAAAUGUCUUCCUUGUCAGCGCACUGGGUGGCAUCGUGACCACUGCAUUUGCGGCAUGGUUUUCGGUGACCUUGGUCUCGAUUUACGUCAGGUACGAGCCAGAUUCUAAAGGGACAAACCCAGCUUGUGCGAACGGCGGCUGCAGUACCGCCAAGGUGAUUGGUCUGGUGGUCUAUGUCACUUUUGCCAUGUACUGGUUGAGUGAGUGGAUCAAGAACACGGUGCAUACCACCAUUGCUGGUGUGUACGGGUCCUGGUACUUCUGGAGCAAGUCUGCGGGUGGAAUGCCCAAGGGAGCCACCCGCGGCGCUUUCCGACGUGCGACCACCUACUCCUUCGGAAGUAUCAGUUUCGGAAGUCUGAUCCUUGCGAUCAUCAAUAUGAUGCGCCAGGCAUGUUCAAUCGCUCAACGACAAGAAGCUGCUCAGGGGAAUAUCGUUGGAUCGAUCUUUGUCUGGAUCCUUGGAUGCUUAAUUUCAUUGCUCGAUUGGCUGGUGACCUUUUUCAAUCGCUAUGCUUUCUGCCACAUCGCGCUUUAUGGAAAGCCUUAUAUUCCGGCUGCCAAGGACACAUGGAAGAUGAUGCGCGAUCGUGGCAUUGAUGCGCUGGUACAGGACUGUUUGAUCGGCCCUGUCUUGACUAUGGGCUCCACUUUCGUGGCAUAUGUGUGUGCAUUAUUGGCAUAUCUCUAUCUGCAGUUCACGAAGCCAGCUUACAACGACGAUGGAACUUUCACUCCUGUCAUCAUGGCUUUCUCUUUCCUUAUUGGCCUGCAAGUGUGUCAGGUCUUCAUGACGCCUAUCGGAAGCGGCGUCGAGACAAUCUUUGUCGCAAUGGGUUGGGAUCCCCAAGUCAUGAUAAACGACCACCCAGAUAUAUAUUACAAGCUGGUACAGCUGUACCCACGAGUUCAACAGGCCAUCCACGCUUGA